UUUGAAAUAGUGUUUUAAGUUAACAGAAUGGGCUAAUUUCUUUCCUUUUUAUGUAAAAAUGUUUAAAAAAAAAUUUGGGGACAAUCGGAUGAUGGGAAGACGGCGCGGAAAUGUUUUAAAAUUAAAAAUUGCCUUCCUAUAGGAAAAAAACAAGUUUUAUGUAUUCAAGUAUCAAUUUCUUUUAGUGUAUUUAUUAAAUGAAUAUGUAUGCUUUAAUAUGUCUCAACUAGCACGAUAUAAAGAAUAAUUUUAAGAAUAUUUUGUUCUUAUUUCGAGUGAAAAAACGGUAAAUAGUAUUUUUUUUAUCGCACCAUCGUCGUAACUGUCGAUUGCUUUAUUUUUGCAACAUGAACCAGCAAUAUUUGCAAAAAUAAAAAACGAACGACUGCAGACUUUGGUAAUGGUAUUUUUGGGCAGCGAAAUAAAACAGUAAAUGGACUGCGUUCUUUUUUCAAUAAUUGUCACUCUCAGUUGUUUGGCAUUUGAAAUCAGAUGUGUUAAUUUGUGCGAAAUUGUGAUUAUUUAAUAAAAAAAAGAAAUGAGUGAAUUACCAGCAACUACGAGUACAUUACAUAUGUAUACAAACACGACAACGUUCUGAACAAGUUGUGAAUAUUGAACUAAUUGGAAGAAUUUCUCAUCAGAUAACAGGUGCUAAACUACCAUCGAACAAACAAAUACUGCAAUUACUAUUUUAUAACAUUAGAUUUGUGUAUCGGCAAUUGAGAGAAAGUGCAAAAUGAACAAUAAAUGCUGUAUUAAUAUUUUGGCAACAAGCUCGAAUUCCGACAAAAGAUGUAGCUGGGUGUGUCGAUAAAUUAGAAUCUCUGUACAAAUUAUGGCAGAAGAUUCAAAAAACCGUACCAAAUAAGAGAUCUGAUGCUCAGAAAAAAAUUGUUGAAGACUUUUCUGCAGAAUUGGAUAAUUUGUUUGACAUUGCUCAUAGAGAUGCCUUACAAAACAUGCGUAUUAGCGAAGACAAGGAAUUUUUGAUUCUACAAAGGCAAAAAGGUCGCCCUGGUAGCAUGGCCGGUGUUGACAUGGUAUUGUAUCGGCGACAAAACAGAGCAGAUCACCGCAUUGAGAAAGAAAUGUCUAGAAAAAGGAAACAUCAACAAAUGUCGGAAGUGAAUCUCGAACUCGAAGACGAUUUUGGUAUGGACUAUGAAGAAGAUAUUGGUGACAGUGAGCCUGAAGUAGCGGAAACCAAUGUGAAAAAAAAUACAAAACAAACUGCUUCAACUUGUAUUAACAGGGGAAGAAAACAUUUUAUCACACCGCGAUUGCUUUCAGCACUUGAUAGCGCCAAAGUAAGCGAUGGAAAGGCGAUGCACAUUCUGAUGGCGACUGCAGAAGCAUUGGGCCAUUGCACUAGCGACUUGGUAGUCAAUCGUUCUACUCUCCAUAGACUGAGGGAAGAGCAUCGCAGAAAAGAAACACAGAGGAUUCAAGAGAGUUUUAUUGACAAACUAAGUGAUACACAAGCAAUGGUCGUCCACUGGGAUGGUAAAGUAUUGCCAGAUCUAAUUGGAAAAAUAAAAGUUGAGCGAAUUGCAGUGCUUGUUAGUUAUAAUGGCGAAUCCAAAUUUCUAGGCGCUCCAAAACUUAUAUCUGCCACUGGUGAAAAUAUAGCUACAGCCGUUUUUGAUACACUUAGUAAAUGGAAUAUUUUAGAUCGCGUAGAAGGCAUGUCUUUUGACACCACGUCCACUAAUACUGGUCCAACGAAUGGAGCAUGCGCUCAAUUGCAACGCAUGUUAGGAAGAAAUUUGUUGACGUUACCAUGCCGUCACCACAUUCUAGAAAUAUACUUACGUAGUGUAUUUGACCUGCAUUUCAAAGUGACUCAAGCACCCGAAGUCUCAAUUUUCGAGAGAUUUGCCAAAGCCUGGCCAAAUAUUGACACUUCAUCAUUUAAGAGUGGGCUCGACUGUGAAGAUAUAAAAUCUCAUAUAAGUGAUGGCAUCUGCAAUGACAUCAAACAAUUUUGUCAUUCACAAUUACAAAACACUUUUGUUCGUGCUGACUACGAAGAAUUUUUACGUCUAGUACUUACAUGCACGUUGGAUGUCAAAGGGGAUAUAUUCCUUGAAAAUAUUUCUUUUUCGUGAUCAAUUUCACUUGAGUAAAGCUGAAUUAAAAGGUUUAAGUCACAUUUGCGUUUUUUUAGUACGUUUAUAUAUAAAAGCUUGGUACAAAUGCUCUAAUGCAAUUACCUCUCCCCUGCAUGAUUUAAACUUUGUAAAAGAAUGUAUUAGUUAUGAAAAAGUGAACCCAAGUAUUUCUUCGGAAUUGCUGAGAAAAAUGCAACAACACAUGUGGUAUUUGUCAGAGGAAAACGUCGCAAUGGCUUUCUUUGAUUUCAAUGUUUCUGUAGAUGUUAAGAAAAAAAUGGUAAAAAAUUUAAAAUCAGAAGAGCCAACUAUUAAACUACAAAACAAUCGCAAAAUAAAAAAAUUAAGUGACUUAGGCAAUUCGGAUUUAAGCGAAUUUGUAUCCAAAAGAACUUUAACAUUUUUUAUGAAGUACAAGUUGUCAACCAACUUUUUGUAUUUGGAUCCAGAGUCUUGGGAAACAAACGAGGAAUUCCAAAAUGGUCGCACAAUAAGCCACAAAUUGCUUGUUACUAAUGAUACAGCGGAAAGAGGUAUUAAAUUUAUAAAGGAUUUCAAUACUAUUCUUACAAAUAAAGAAGAAGAAAAACAGUUCCUCCUUCAAGUUGUUGAAGAAUACAAAAAAAAUAUAAGUCCUAUAAAAAAUCGGAAUUAAUUUAAGUUUUAAUAUUUCUAGAUGUAUUAAAUAAAUUGAUAUGAAUAAAAAUAUUUCCUUUAAGUAGUAGUUUUAAGUUAAUAUAAUGCAAAAAAUUGGAGAAAAAUAAUACACUAAAAGAAAAAU